AUGGCUUCUGCUCCUUGUCUUAGCUUACUGGUGCUCGUGGCAAUGGCCUCCGCGGCAUCGGCGCAGCUGUCGCCGACGUUCUACCUCGCAUCGUGCCCGAGCGCGUUGUUCAUCAUCCAAACUGCGGUCCAGGCCGCAGUGAAUAGCGAGCCCCGCAUGGGGGCGUCGCUGGUCCGGCUUCACUUCCACGACUGCUUUGUCGAUGGAUGUGACGGGUCCGUUCUGUUGGCAGACACGGGGAGCUUCGUCGGCGAGCAGGGGGCUGCUCCCAACGCCGGUUCCAUUCGAGGAAUGAACGUCAUCGACAACAUCAAGACCCAGGUCGAGGCCGCCUGCACGCAGACCGUCUCCUGCGCCGACAUCCUCGCCGUCGCCGCCCGUGACUCCGUCGUUGCGCUGGGAGGGCCAACAUGGCCUGUUCUUCUGGGGAGGAGGGACUCCACGACCGCAAGCAAGACCAAUGCAGAAAAUGACCUCCCACCUCCUACCUUCGACCUCCAAAACCUCACGACCGCGUUCGCCAACAAGCAGCUCAGCAUAACAGACAUGGUUGCGCUCUCAGGCGCCCACACGCUCGGACAAUCGCAGUGCCGGUUUUUCAGGAACAGGAUCUACAACGAGGCCAACAUCAACACGGCCUUCGCGACGGCGCUCAAGGCCAACUGCCCCCAGUCCGGCGGCGACAGCAGCCUGGCGCCGCUGGACACAGCGACGCCCAACGCUUUCGACAACGCCUAUUACAGCAACCUGAUUUCGCAGAAGGGGCUCCUACACUCGGACCAGGCGCUGUUCAAUGGCGGCGGUGCCGACAACACGGUCAUGAGCUUCGCGUCCAGCGCAGCGACAUUCAACAACGCCUUCGCCACAGCCAUGGUGAAGAUGGGGAACAUUGCGCCAAAGACUGGGACGCAGGGGCAGAUCAGGCUCGUCUGCUCCAAGGUCAACUCGUAA